AUGGCAGUUGGACUUGUCGCAGAGAGCGACGGAGAUGGCGGGAUCAGGCUCAAGAUCGCCAAAGGAGAUGAGAUAGAGAGCGUGAUGGUGAUCGUGAAGCAGCUGCAGUCAGAGCAGAAGUCUAUGGUGAAAAAGUUUGAGGAGUCACAGAUGCAGAUUGCUUCUCUUAAACGCGAAAACGACGCCUUGAAGAAAGAACUGGGGGACCUGACGUCCAUCAAACUUCACAUCGGCGAGCUCGUCAACAGCCUGAAUCAGAUCAAGCAGAGACAGGAUUCUUUCGAGGAGUUCAUCGAGGCCAAGAACAAAGAAACGGAGAAAGUCAAGGCUAUGAUGGAUAACGUGAAGCAGCAGAAUGGGAAGGAUUUGCAGAAUAUCAAGGAGCUCGAGGACAAAGUUGACAAGGUGGAGCGGGAGUACUUAGCGUUCAAUUCUUACACCGUCAGGAGCAUCAACACAUUGCAAGAGGAGCUGCAUCAGCAGCAAGUGCUCGUACAUGAGCGGGUAGGCUACAAAGAGCUGAAUGUAUUGAAGGAGGAGUGGGAGAGCGAGUCAAAGAGGGUAGCAGCCUCAGUGAAGGAGUUCGAGGCGGUGAUAGAAGACAGGCUGCGAGGAAAGGCCGAUCUCACCGAGAUCAAGAUGAAGCUGGAUCGUUACGAGCUCGACGACCUGCUGUCAAACUUCACACAGUCGAUUGAGGAAAAACUUCGCUCUCGGGGAAAGAUUGUCCAAGAAAUCCGAGACGACGUAGACGCCAUCCUUGCCCUCAUGGUCCAGGACGCCAACGUGGCCGCGGUGACCACUCAAUGCCUCUCAUGCGAGAAAACUUCAGUCAGCAUGCGCCCUGGCCCUCCUCCGGGCAGCGGGAGGGAGCCGGUCCUGAUGGAGGGGAGCGACGGGCGGUACUACCAUGGGCCUGAGAGCAGCCCGAGGAGAGCGAGCGAGACUCCCAACCGAGCGGCCAUGGACGUGCGGAGUCCGAGGAACAUGAGCUACUCCGAGAGCAAGAUGAGGAAGAAAAACGUCUCCAUGCAGUCUGAUCGCCCAGCCACAGCCAUCCCCAAGUCGAAGCAGGAGGGCCUGCUGGACUCUAGCCCGCUGUCUCGAUGGUGA